AUGAGUUAAAACGCGCGCCUUCACCCAAAGAAAAGAAAAAACAAAAACCCCAGAAAUAUAAACCCAAUUCGCAAAAUUGAAAAAACCAAAAAAAGGAAAUAAGGUUUUGUUGGAAAUAACACGAAAUAGUUUGACCGAAAAUUCUUUUGAAAUAUCUUAAACAUAGAAAGUGAAUUGGGAUACAGUGAGUGCAGCAGAAGAUCUGCAUAGUGUUCUGAGUGCAUUCAAAAUUCUGUAUUUGCAAAGCAAAGGCAAAGUGCAAAACUUGCGAUCACCUGCUCAAAAUUCCUCUCCCCUAUUUAAUACGCAUAAAGAUUUCUUUUGACAUUCUUUGUUCACAGCCAAGAUUUGGAAAGUCACAGCAAUUGUAAAUAUUUAACUUGGGCCUAUGGUACAUUUUUGCAUGUGCAAGUAGUGCAAGUCUUACCGAUAAACAUUUUCCAUAGGUCUUGUAUGAAGAAAAGAAUGUGCAUAUUUUUGACGUGAUAGCAUCUAAACGCCAUCGCAAAGAAACAGAAAAUAAAUAACAAACAAAAGAGGGAAAGAGUAGAAAAAAACAAGAAAAAUCUCGCGUUUUAGCACUUGUUGCUGGCUUACAAGUGUUGUGAAAACUUAUCCAACAGUAUUAUUGAUAAAUCACCCACCCCACUAAAUCCCCCCGAUUCCACAACUAUCCAAAGCUAAAUAAACCAAACCAAGAAAAAGAAAACAGAAAAUACCAAAAUAACAAAAACAAAACAAAGAAAUUGAUAAAUCACGCUGAUGAAAAGCCUAACAGCAACAACUCAUAAGAGAAAUUACCCAGAAAAAUAUCUGUCCAACUGAACAGGGUGCGCGUGCGCGAACAUACAAAUGAAUGAAUGAACAAAUGCGCACAUACCUCUGCGCAGCUGUGUGAGUGUGUGAAAGUGUUACAUAAAUAGUAUUUAAAAUAUACAAAAAUUCCAAAAACCCCCCCAAAAAAAAAAAUAUACGAAACGAAACUCAAAAUACGAAUAUAUUUUGCCGUUUUCAUUGGCAGAUCAACCGUUAAAAAUCAUUUAAAAAUUCAUUCCACCUCAGAGUCCAUCGUUACUUUGGUGGUACAUCGUUACAAGCAUUGCUGUCUUUGGAUUAUCUAAUUAAGCGACCAAAUUUAAAUCAGAACAUCCACUGCGGGGAGAUCAAAUGAAAAUGGAAAACGCCUCUAAAGGCACAUAACACACGAACACAGAGAGACGACAAACAAUUGCAUGGAAAACGGUUACAAAGGCACAAAAAGAAAAGUCCAACGGAAAAUAAAUUGCAAAAUUGAAAAGUGUAAAAAUGCGAAUGGUGGAGAACAAUUUUCAAGUGGAACAAAGCGAAAUGAUAGAAAGAAGAGCUUAUGAGCCAUAACAAAAGCGAGAAGUGAAAUAUAUAGAAAAGUAAAUGAAAACAAACGUGUUAGAGACUCACUCCAUCAUAUAAGUAAUAAGAAGAAGACAAAGAGAAGAAACAACAACAAGGCGAAAAACGAAAACUUCCGCAUUGGCUUAUAUUACAGAGCCAAACAAAGGUGGCCAAAAGGACGGACAGACAAGUGUAUGAAACUUAGACGAAGGACAGAGACUUUGUUUUUAUGGUCAUACUCGGUUGCUAAAGAAGACACAAAAUAAUCGUAAAGAGGAAGACAUUUUGCUAUAAACGCCAAGAAAUUUAAGCCUUUUCUUGAAAUUUUAGAACCUACAACUCUUUGACGUUGCAGCUUGGGAAAGAAAAACAGCCUGUAAAGCUGACACCAAAAUGGCCACCAAAACCAUCAUCAAUUGCAUAGAUCAAAGCUCCGCUAUAAGCACUGCCUCCUCCACCAGCACAGUACCUCAGAGCAUUUCCAUUAAAAUCGAUCCAUCUAUUGCUGAGCCAACGUCUCAGCCUGCUUCCUUGGCCUCGGUAACGAAUGUCAUUAAAAUACAACAUUCUUGUCAAGCAACCUCACCACCAACACGAACACCAUCAUCUUCAGCAUCACCUCCAUCAAUGCCAACAACUUUGAAUAGCUUAAGCAAUAAGCUACUAAUUGAUAUUAACCAGCAAGAAGAGGCAAUCAAUAAUGGCUUCGAUGAUCAUCAUCAGGCCAAGGAAUCUUCUCUCCUUUCAACGGCCAUAGUCAAAGUCAACUGUGUAACUUCCAGUGGAAUAUAUUCCAGGGAACAAGCCGAAGAUGUGCCCCUGGGGGCCAGCAUAAAACUUGAAACACAGGCUAACGGUGCAAUUUCCAGAGAGAGAAAAGUCAAUGACAAAGGUGAUGAUGACGAAGGCCAUGGCAAUAAUGAUGUUGGCCAAGAGAAAGAGAACAGUUUGUUGGACACCAGACGCUUUGAUGAAAGUGGCCCAACGGCCAAGAUACAACAUAGUCACACCAUCAGUACAGACACAACCACCAUAACAACAAAAUCAUCAUCAUCAUCAUCAUCAUCGUCGUCUUCAUCAUCAGCAUUUGCUUGUCCAUCGUCUUCGUUGGCUACCAUAGCCACCACGACUAGUCAACAGGUUAAUAAUGGUAACAGUAAACGGAGAGAAAAUGAUGGCCAAUUCCACACAAACCAGACCAACAAACCAUCAACAAAUGGCCAACAAGCGAAUCAUAAUGAUGAUGUUAAUGACGAUGAGCGAUCCCAUCAUAAUGACCACCAUUAUAAUGAUAACAACGAUGUUAAUGAUCAUGAUGAUGAUGAUGAUGAUGAUGAUGGCCCAAAGUCAACUGGUAUUGGUAAGAGAGAUAGUUGCUUAGAUUUUAGCCAUGCUGGUGGUAAACGUUGGCCCGGCCAAGAAAACUCUAACAGUCUUUUAACGAAAGCGGAUACGGCCACAAGUAGCACCACCAGCAGCAGCUCCACCACCACCAACAUCAACACCACAAGCCACCAAACAUUAACUCAGUCAGUGAUCAUAAAUGAAAACGCGAAUAGAAAAGAAAAUUGCAACGAACCAAAAGAGGAAAAUCUAAAAUCCCAUUCGAAUGUUGUGAAAAUUCAAAUAAAUCCGUCGACAAAAUACCCAAAUAACCACGGCGGUUUGGAAAAACAAAUUUCGAUAGUGAAAAUUGAAUCGAAUCUCGUGGCAAACAAAAGCGAAGAUCCAAACGAAAGUGUAGAAGAAGUGCCAAAAAAAGCAAAAGAAAACCAAAAAGAAAGUGAAGAAAAUUUCAGUGAAACCGAAAAGAAAAUUUCCGCACAAAGCUCGGAAUUGGUGAGAAAAAGUGAAUUACAUUUGAAUCUCGAGAAAAUGGUACAACAAAGGCCGCAACAACAAAAUUCGGUGGUCACGGCCCACGCUGCCACUGCCGCCUCUGCGAAUGGCAAUGGUGGGGCGGCGACAACCACAACGGCCAAUGCGAAUGGCUCUACCACGGUCACCGAGUUGAAUGUCACAAAUCCGAAUUACCUUUUCUACUCCUCCAUGUCGAGUGGUCAGUUUUCGCCUUGUGACACUUUGGACAGCGGCACCGGUAGUGAUUUGGAAAACCACAAUCAUCACUCCUCAGCUUCGCCCAAGGCCCAUUUGUUGAUGGCGAAGAAGCCAUCUUCGAAUGCCAAUACCGUGAAUGGCCUUGAGAUGCAUUUGAAAACCACCAAAAUACGUGUGGCUUCCUCAGCAAAUGGCAAAGAGCAACGUACUUGCAGCUCCUACACCGAUAGUGAGGAGAGUGAGGCCUCUUCACUAAGUUGUGAUUCUUUGCACUCGAGUGAGUUUAUGCGGCAAUCCUCUGCAUCGCCUUUGCACAACAAAACGCCUUCGCCUUCGAGUAAAAUUUUGGGCUCCUAUUUGCCCGAUUCUCUGUUGAGAGAAAUAAAAAAUCUCAAACUAAAUCACAAUGAAUAUGAAGCCGAAAAUGAGCACGACGAAGAAGAGGAAGAGGAGGAGGAGGAGGAUGAGCACAUUGAGCAACGACUUCAUAAACGCAAUGCUGAGCCCCUGAGAUCGCAAGACUACAUGGUGGCCCAAAAUGAUUAUGUCCAAAGGCGUAAUAAUGACAACUCAAACUCCCAUUCUAAUUCUUCGGCAAAUGCGAACACGCUUUCAAAUACUUCCAAGCGAGCCUCUUUGCCGUCCAAGACCUUUGUUCUGAAUCAAGAGGAUGGCACAUUCAUUGACAUGAAAAUGAACUCCAUGCCACGGAAAUACGAAGCAGAUAAAUAUUACAAUUUCCAUGUCAACGAACAUGAGAACUUCCGUAGUUUCGGCAAUAACAGUGGCGUUCCUUCGUUCGGCGAUGGCAGCGGCAGUGAUUCUUUCAGUAUGUCCGACUACGAGGGUCGCAGUAUUCAUGAUGAUGUCUUUGCCGGCUAUAAGGAUAUACGUUGUGGCUCCGCCACCUCAACCAUACGCUCAAAUAAGGGCACAGUACGCGGCGUCAAGAAUCGUGUGCGCAAUGGAAUAGCCACAUUCUUGCAAUUGCAGCAUCCGAAUAUAAAGAAUUUUAAAGAAAAAGACUCAGGCAAAGUGGUACUCUACACCACAAGUAUGGGCAUCAUUCGCGACACCUAUGCAAAAUGUUCAAAUGUUAAACAAAUCCUCAGAACACUACUGGUCAAAUUUGAAGAACGUGAUGUCUUCAUGAGUGUGGAAUAUCAACAGGAAAUAAAGGAGCGCAUGCAUUCCGAAACGAUACAAGUACCUCAAUUAUUCGUAGAAGGCCAACACAUUGGUGAUGCCGACGCAGUGGAACGACUCAAUGAAUCGGGAGAAUUGAGACAACUAUUAAAAGCCUAUAAGUCAAUUGCAACCACAUACACCUGUCAGACAUGCGGUGGUUACCGUUUGCUGCCUUGUCCAUCCUGCAAAGGUUCCAAGAAAUCCGUGCAUCGAAACCAUUUCACAGCAGAAUUUGUAGCAUUAAAGUGUAUGAACUGCGACGAGGUGGGUUUGGUUAAAUGUCACAACUGUUAAAAACAACAAAAAGCUAAAGAGAGUGUAUGCGGAGAAUAAGACCCAUAUGGCAGGCUGUCCCAUAAAGCCAUUCACGAGGAAGCGCCGUAAGUCCCGCGUCUAUAAACGGCCUUAAUUAGGUGACAUCAAUUGUAGGUGCGUGAGUACGCGCAGGCGCAACUGUUGGCUGUUUGACUUUCAUAUGAUGAUGAGGAUACGCCUAUGGCUGGCUGUCUGUCUAUUGGGGAGUCUUUCAAUUGUACCAUAGUUAGGUGUAGCAAAAAGUCUUCUACGAAAAUGUCUCAUUUUUGUAAUGCGAUUAUUUUAGUUUUGUGUAAUUUGAGCAACGAUUAAAACGACGAACCUAAAUGUUGUCGAAAAACACAUUAACAAAUUCCAAUAACAACAAUAAUAAAGGCAAUAAACUCUUUUUUUAUGUAUGUAAUUUAACUCUGUGCGUUUUCUCAAAUUUCUUUCAUUAUUUUAUAUACAUGUACAAUUAUAAGUUUUUCUUAAUUGCUUUUAUGUGUAUUUUUUUUUGUUAUACUCAUUACUUUUAAUUAUUGCAACAAAAGUGCAAUUUUUAUUUAAGAGAUCAAUGUCAAAUAAAUCUAGAAAAACUACAAUAACUACAAAACAACCAUAACAUGAAAUAUCAACCAAGUUUAUACAAUUUUUUUUAAAUAAUAUUUGUGUUUUACUAUUAUAAGUAUCUACUGCUAAAAAUUUUGUAUUCUUAAAUAAAUGAU